CUAGGCUCCCGGCCCUGUUUCCAGGGGCCACGAAGGGCUUCGUAGACAGGAGGCUGACACUGGCUUUGGGGACACUUCCUCACCUCCACGAGUGAUCUCACCUGUUCGAGGCCCCCAAACUCUGUUCACUGCUUCUUCUUCCCUGCUCCCUGUUCCAGUUAUAAUCAGGGUGACCCCGGCCAUCCUUCCUGGAAUUCCCUAGUCCCCCUUAUAGGCUGGGCCUAUAUAUAUAUAGUCUGACUCCACCCCUUCUGUAGCUGGUCUCUCCUUCUAUAACCAGGACCACCCGACUCUGGGGCUCUGGAGGCGGGCAGCAGCUUCUAAACAGAAUUUAAUACAAAUGUUUUGCUAUCCUUGUUUUGUUUUUGUUUGCGUGUCUUUUAUGGCUUCUUUAUAUUUUAUGGCUAAUUAUAUAAAUAUAUUUAUAUUUAUGUUAAAGAUACUGCGUUCCUAUUUUAGCAGUGCUGAAAUGGUUCCUGUUUACAAGAAAUUUACACAGUAAGUGGUGGUUUGUAGAGCAUUGAUUUUCAGCUGCCUUGGGCCUGAAUGAGUUGGGAUUAACUCACAAUUAGAUAACACUAAUUGUGUUAGUCCUAGAGAGAAACAGUUUAGGAGGUUCGGCUCAGGACAGGGCCCAAGAGAGAUGAUCACAGGGGGUUUGUCCAGUCACCUGGGUCCCUGGCCCUGCCCACCUGCUUGGCUCUCCCCGUCCAGCACACCUGGGGCUGCCAGCUCUCUGGGUGUUGUCUUGGAUCCCCCAGGAGAGAAGCUGGUGAAUGUUUUCUCUUAAAAUGCUCUCAUUCCUGGAGGUCCCAAGAGAUCCCAUGAGAGUCAGCUUGGAUUGUUUCCCCUGUGAGGUUCAUAUCGUAAAGCCCAAGCUAGUGGGUAGCAGGGUCACAUAGAUAAGCGACAGAUCUACCGCUGUUGGAGGUGUUCAAAUGUCUCCGUCAAUUAGGGAUGAUUUUGAGGCCAUUCGGUCUUCUCAUACUAAUAUCCCAGGAUAUACCAGCCCAGAAGACAUAUCUGAUUACAAUUUUGUCAUGCUUAUUUCAUUCGGUUCCAAUGUAGCUUUUUCUUUGGGAUUUCUUUACUCCUAUUUUAUUUGUAGAGGUACUUCUCAAUUUCUAAACAUAUGGGAAUUUCUAGUGAGCUUUUUAUCCAUGAUUUCUAGCACAUUAUAUUACCACAACAUGCUCUGUGUGAUUUCAUGCCUCUGAAACAUAUUGAAAUGUCCCUUAUGACCAAAAUAGAUCGGGUGCAUUUUUGUAAGUGUAUCCUAUAUGCCUAAAGUUAAUGUGUCCUCCACAGUGGUCUAUGGAUGUGGACAGACAUACGGAGAUAGCUGUGGGAUUCAGAUGGUUUGCUCUCAAGGUCUACAUGUUAUGGAUGUUCUGUCUGCUUUGAGUCACUGAGAGAGGGUUGAAACCUCCCACUCUGCUUGUGUAUUUGCUUGUUGUUGCAGUUCUGUCCUCCUUUGCUUUAUAUGUUGUUCAGCCAAUGGCUCUAGGAUGGGAGUUCUGGAAGGAAGGAGAUAGCGCCCAGAAGAGGGCAACAGGGACCUGGGUUGGGAGGCAGCAGAAACAAGAAGGAUGGCCAAAGUUCCAGAGAGGACCUGUUAUUGGGAUGGCACGUGGUGGGGCGCCAGUUGGGAAGGGGCUCUUUAAAUAUGAGGUCACGCGGGGUGCCCAUUAUGACCUACCAGGGGCAAAGGCAGAUGAUUGGCUGAGAGAGAGUAUAAAGCCUCUGGGUUGCUAAGGAAUGGUUCAACCAGGGGAAGGCUUGGAGAAAAGUGUAUCCUCCUCCAAUCCCUUCACCUGCUACUGUUUCCUGCUGACCUAGUGAUUUACUAACCUGCUGACCUACUACCCUUUCUGAACCUCCCCUCGAGUACUUACUCUGACCCUGACACCGUCGCUGACCCCUUCUUCUCCUGACAAACGCCUUCCCCAAUCCCACCCUUUAUUUCUACCCUGCUCCCAACCCUCAUUAAAACCCUAUCCCCUUCCCACCCCUUCCCACCCCUCCCUACCCCACCCACCCCUACCUCCACUCCACCCCCCAUCUCCACCUCCUCCCUGACGCCCCAGCACCCCUUGAAAGGACCAAGACAUGAAGGUGCAGAGGCUGUUGUUCCUGGUGCUCUUGCUGCGGUGUCCCGGUUCCCCAAACCCAAAUCUUGUCCAUGUUGUGCCUGACCGUUUCCUUCUUGGCCCUGAUGGGGUUGGAGUUCUAUGGAAACUUCCCAUUAUCACUGCCCCCUUGGGAGUUUGUGUCUUUCUCAUUUAUAUCUGGAGAACCAUCCUCGCUAUAAAGCCUCGGCGAUAUGAAGUAACCUUACAACAAAUAAAUGAGAAGAUCCAUCGACUUAGGACAGAAAACAGGGAGCUUGCUCAGGAAAUAUCCCUUUGGGAGCUGAAGAUCCGGGAAGGCAAGAAGCAUGUUGCAGAAACUAAGAGUGAACAUAAGUUUCUCUCUGAGGAAGUUCUUAAAUUGAAGGAGAACAUCGAAAAGGUUGACGAAGUUAAUGAAAAUUUAAAUGACACCCUUCGUUGGGCACUGGCUCACUUGCAAAUUGAGAGAGAGAAGAAGGUCAAGAAUCAGGAUGUGGCCCAAGAUGCAUUCGAGGAUGGAGAGCAGAGAGCCUUUAGGGCCAAAAAACGAGAACUGCAGGAAUGUCGACGAUUGUUGGAAGACCAUUGCAAUGCCCUGAGUUCUUUGAAAACAACUCAAGAAGCCGAACUGAAAAUGCUGAGGAGGAAAGUGGAUAUCGUGGUGGAUUUCUCUAAACAAAGACAAGCGGCUGCCGAAGAGAAGGUUGCAAAGACCCGCUGUGACCUGGAGGCAACAGAGAGUCAGCUGUCCGCUGCCAUGGAAAAUCUGAAAGGAAUCACAGAAGCAACGGACAAGUACAAGCAAGAAAUUGGAGAGAUGCAAGAUCAGCUGCAGGAGGCAGAGCUCACCUUCCAACACAAGAUCGCAGCUCAUGAGAGAAGUGCUCUAGAUAAUUGGAUCAAGGCUCAGGUUUGGGAGAGGAAGAUAGUGCAGCAGAGGAGGGAGAACGCCUAUGUGAAACACAGACUGCACAUGAUGAGGAGAGAGAUGCUGCCUGAGGGAUCCAUGAGGCAGGAACCGAUGCCGGGAAGACCUGAGACACAGAACCGUGUGCAGAGAGGGCUUUGGUCUGAUGCUGAAACUGGUGGGUCUCCCAUGGGGAACAGGGGCACCGAGCCUCACAGAGACCCAGGGAUGAGCAAGGUCGGUACAGAUGUGAGAGGGUUUCCUCAUGCUCCAAGGCCCCCCCAUAUGCCCUACCACAUGGGGCAGGGUUUACCAGGCUUCCCUGGCUAUGGGCCACCUCCACCUCCUCCACAUGGGUGGACAUGGGGGCCUCAACCACAGCUCAUUCCUGCUACACAUGGGCUUCGGUCGUAUUCAGAAACCUGUGGCUCUCAAGGGGACAACAGUGGCACCCCGCCCAAGAAGGUCCCACAGAAGGACUAGAACCCUGUGGAUGCAAGAGGACCUGCUCCUGUACCCGGCCCACUGGGUCCACCGUACCCCACGGAUCCCCCUUCAUCACCAUCCUGGAGCCCUGGGGCACAUCUCCCUCCACCCACCCAGUGGUCUCUGCAUCCUUACCCUGCUCCCGAACCUACACCACAGGGUUUGAUGAUAUGAAUUGUAUGAUUUGACUUAUAAUCUGUAUUGUCUUCUUUCUUAUUGAGUUGGUGGGGCAAAGGCCAAGUUUGUGCUGAGGCCUUGACAUUGGGAGGGGAAAACCGCCUGGGGGCGCUGUAACAUCCUGAAGUUUCUCAGGACAUACAGGUGUUGUGCUGGGCUAUUUCCACACACUGAGCGGGGGGAGGUGCCGUUGUUGGGAAGGAAGUGUCUCUAUCGCACAAUGGCAGACAUAUAUUUCUUACCGUCGGGCACGUCCAGAGUCCACCGUUGUUGUUCUGGGCGGGAUGAAACACACCUCUCACUUUGUUUUCAGCGUGUUGAGUUUGAGCUCUCAUUUCCUCAGUUAUAUAAACACCUGAAGCAGGGCUAUGGUCCCUUGAUUAAUCAUUAGGGCAGGGGUCUGUCCCUUGUCCUCGGCAGUCAGUGGAUACUUGUGGGAAACCCUCUUGUCCGGUAAGGGAGUUGAGAAUGAGAAACAGUGGCAGAUGCUGGAGGCAGGUGUAGACGGUUUGUUAGAAUGUUGCUCAGUCACUUCCAGUGGGAUGGUCUUCCGUCUUUUCUCUGACGUGGGUCAGAUACAGACGCUGGGGCAUCCUCCAUAAGGAAUAGCAGUCCUACAUGCAGGCCUCUCAUGUUAUGGGAGAGUGAAUGUUGCUAAGGACAUGAUCACUUUCUUCAGGUUGCUCAGGAGACGCCUUUGAGGGACUUUGUCUUUCACUCAUACUGAGGUGGUCAGCAGGUCCCUUUGUGGUGAAGGAGAGCCGCUCUUCUCCAAAAGCUGGGCACAGCAGGUAUGCGCAUGCACACUGUGCAGAGACGAUAUUCUGUGCUCUGGGAGGGAUGAGGAGGGAAUUUCAGGGGUCUGAGAGCAGCGAGGGACACAUUCAUUAAACGACAGAGAGGUUGUGUUCCGUAUAAGGGAAGCCCCAGCGAUGGAUCUGAAGGACCAGAGAGGGAGCCAUGAGUCACUAGAAACAGGAGGCUGUGGAUGAGCAGGAUGGAGGUGCUCAGGGGAGUGGAUGGGCCUCUCUCGGGUAGAGCGGAGGCCGUUCCUGCAGGCCAGCAGCUUGAGCAGUGAGUGUGAGGACACCGUGAGAUCCACACCGAGCUGCUGCCUGUGUCCAUCACACAGCGUGGAUGAUGCAAUUAUUUGUAUCAGAACGUCAUGGUUGCCAUAAAGCUGUUCGUUCAUAAUCUAUAAGGAUUGUUGUUUCCUCUGAAUUUCUGAAGGUUCUGAACUGGGUGAAAGAAUGUGGUGGAGACUUGGGAAAUUGAACUCGGUUCCUUUGGGGAUUCUUGUCUGCCUGAGUUUGUGGGCCCCAGUGAGAAAAAGUGAAGACGGGACCAAGAUCAGCAGAGUGGCUGCCUUGGCCUUCAGCCCGAGUCAGACUCUUCGUGGGGCAUUCAGGAUUGACCAGGAGCCACUCUCGCUGGAUCCCUGUCACUACGCCUCUGCAUCUGAGUCACCGCCCUGCCUGCACUUUGCAUCUCCCUGAACUUUGGUCACAGUAUCCUGCGGAUUGACCUGUGUUCCUGCCCGAAUGCCAGCUCUCCGUGGGGCCUACUCAGAGCCUCAGCUCUGUUAUCUGUGAAAGGGGAGCCUGUCGGAUUCUGAGGUCAUUAGAAGAAUAGGAGUUGAAGUACAUAAAGAAUCUGCAGGGGCCCCUGGGUGGCUCAGUCGAUUAAGCAUCGGACUCUUGAUUUCUGCUCAGGUCAUGAUCUCAGGGUUCUGUGAUCGAGCCCCAAGUCAGGCUCGGCGUUGGGUGUGGAGCCUAUCUAGGAAUUUCUGUCCUCCCCACCCACCCCCCCACGCCCCCCACGCCCCCCACGCCGCCUUUCCAGCACAAAUUUGCCCUUUUUCGGUCUCUAUCUCAAGAAAAGAAAAAGAAUAUGCAAAAUAUCUGGGCUCUUGGCCACUCCCCCUUCUCACUGUUUAAAUGAAAAUAGCUCCAUCAGAUGAUCAUCAAAAGAUGUUCAUUUAAGUCCACAACAUUACACUGAGAGUAUAACACCUCAGCCCAGAGAUUGGCAUCCUCAUUUCAAAAAUAAGGCAAAGACCCCCCCUUUUUUUUUCUAUUAAAUUUUAGGUCCUAGCCAAGAACGAAGUAAAAGAUCAUUAUGAGAACAUGUAUAUUCAGAGAUUCAUAUCUGAGAUGUGAAGACAGUUAUUUUCUAUUACAUACAGACUCACGGAAGCAGCCACACCCUCAGGUGUUCAUUCAAGGCCUCAGAUAUACCAGAGGAAGCAAAUGCAUUCAGGAAAACAUAAGGUCACAGUGUACUAACCCCAAUCCGUCUGCCUUACAGGACAGUACAUUUGCUAUUUGAAGACCUCCCUGAGCAGUAACAACCAGGCUGUGUGUGCAUAUAUUUAGAAAAUUGUCAGAUCAGCCUAAUGUCCUGAAUGUUGUCCCUGCCCAUCCUGUCCCCUGUGCUCUGUCUCUCCUGGGAUCCCCCAAAUAAACCUUCCACGGUUCUG